CAAUUUCCACUUCCUGUGCAGCGUCCGGAGACAGUGACACUUGUUAGUAUAAUGAACCGUUUCUCUUUCUCGCCUGUUAUUCUGCAUGUACAAAUUACAAUAACCUCAAUUCUCAUUCAUGGGGCAAUAUAAAAACGCCAUAAACCCAAUUAACCUUUAAUCAAUCUCAGCAUAGCAAACACUCUCCUUCUCCCACCCACAUUUUAUUUUCUUGCCCCAAUUAAGAAUCUUGGGUUUUGAUUAGAUUAGUACUGUUUUGUUUGUUUGUUUUUUUGAGUGGAGUUGUUGUUAAGCAUGAUGAGAUGGGAAAAGGUGGUUGUACAUGGAGGUGGUGGGCCUGGAAAAAGGUGGGGCCACACCUGUAACGCUGUACAAGGUGGUAGGCUUCUCUAUGUUUUUGGUGGUUAUGGCAAAGACAACACACAUACCAAUAAAGUUCAUGUCUUUGACACUGUUAAUAGAAUAUGGAGCGAGCCAGUGAUGAAGGGAACAUUGCCCUCACCCAGGGACAGCCACAGUUGUACAACCAUUGGGGACAAUCUGUUUGUGUUUGGGGGCACAAAUGGGAGAGAGCCUCUUAACGAUUUGCAUAUCUUGGACACUUCUUCGAAUACAUGGAUAUCACCCAGUCUAAGAGGUGAUCGCCCUAAUCCAAGGGAAGGCCACAGUGCAGCACUUAUUGGUAAACGGCUUUUCAUAUUUGGUGGAUGUGGCAAAUUCGAUGACACCGAAAUAUACUAUGAUGAUGUUUACGUAUUGAAUACAGAGACAUUUGUCUGGAAACACAUUGCGCCAUCAGGCACUCCGCCAAGUAAGCGUGAGAGCCAUUCCUGUUCAUCUUGGAACAGUAAAAUCAUAAUCAUAGGCGGUGAAGACACAAACAAUUUUUAUCUGUCAGACGUUCAUGUACUUGACACGGAUACCCUUGCUUGGUGCAAGUUGAACACUACAGGCCAGAUUUUGCCACCGCGAGCUGGGCAUACAACUGUUUCAUUGGGCAAGAACUUGUUUGUCUUUGGGGGUUUCGCUAAUGAUCAGAGCCUAUUUGAUGACGUUUACAUGCUUGAUGUUGCUGCUGGUGCAUGGAGUGAGGUCAUGCCGACUGGUGAGGGACCAUCCGCCAGAUUCUCGGUAGCUGGGGAUUGUUUAGAUCCACACCUGGGAGGUGCUCUUAUAUUCAUAGGUGGUUGUGAUAAGAACCUUCAACCCUUGGAGGACAUGUAUUAUCUAUAUACAGGCCUUGAUAGAGAGGCUGAACGAGACGAAAGAAGGUUAGAGAAAUUGUCUCUAAGGAAGCAGUUGAAGCUAAAAUGCCAAGAGCAACAAGCUUUAGCUUCUCCCUAUAAUAAUGCUCUAGUUGGAUCUGAUAAUAACGCUAAUGUUCAUCACCAACUGCCGAGUCAGCAGAACAUUUAUUUGACCGAAUUCCAGACUCCUAUGGAGAGGAAGAUUUUUCAAGCCAAGGUCACAAAGAAUUCUCCACAUGGCUAUACCAUUGAAACUAUUAUAGAUGGACAACCGCUUCGUGGAAUAAUAUUUUCCACCAAACCAAGACCUGAACAGACUCCACUUAAUGAUUCUACCAGGAAUACGGGAACUGGUGAAACGGAUAGAGAAAAGCAGAAUGGCGACCAUAACUCUGCUAGAGGAGUUAAAAGACCUUCAGAAACAAAUAUGGACGACCUCCGGCAAGCAGCAGAUGUCUCUGGUGGGAAUUCUAUCAGAAAUGAGGCCCCAGUUGGAGACGCUACAGCUGAAAUGAAGACUCCACCCCCCUCUUAUGCUUCACCAGCCCAUGAGUGCCUCUAUAGCAGGUGCAUGACUUCUCAAAAUCAUCAACAAUUGACUCGUGAAUCCUUUACUGAAGGUACAUGUACUGGCCUGGGGGAUUUCUCGGUUAUAAAAGAAGAAAAAAUACCAUCCUAGUCCUGUGCUGUUACUUUCAGACUUCAUAUAUAGUAAAAGCCAAAAUGUUACUGAUUUUACUUCUAUCUUGUUUUGACCAAUCGUGAUUUGCAUAUGAAUUUAUUCCUCUAGAUGCUCAGUUUACUGAAGGAACUGUUGAUAGUUUAUUCGAAAUAUUUGACUUGUUAUAGAAUCCAGAGUGAUGUUCUUUUUUUACUUGAACUUGCCUUUUCAUUAAGAUGGCUUCUCUCAUUUUCUUCAAGUGUGCAUGGCCUCUGCUUUUAAAUCUAUAUUUAAGGAGGUGUAACAUUUCCUCCUUCUGGGUAGAUGCAUUAUACUAGUUCAUGGAGUCAAUUCCUCAAAUGGUAACUCAACUUAAACAAAUUACCUAGUAAAGUAAUUUUUCUUUUUUCUUUUUUCUUUUGGUUUCUCAUAUGGUCAUUCAAGUUUAUACAUUUGCGUUACAAAGUAACAAUGGCUAGAAGUCACUUUUUAAAUAAAAUAAAAAGGGCUAAAUUAGUCCCUUAAGUUUGAAUUUUCAAAUUCUUUAACAUAAAACACUAGCAACCUUUUAAUUAUACAAAAUAGUACAAUUAUAGUUCAACUCUUACUGUGGUAUUAAAAGAAAUGGAACACACAAAAGAUUGUGUCUGGUAAUUUUAGAAAUGAGAAAAAAAAAAAACUUUUUCAUUUUAUCAAUGCUAAAAAAGAAUAUGAAAUAGCCUAUAUGUAUUCCAUUUGUUUGGAAACUUAAAGAAUUCAACAAUAAAAUAACGUGCUCUAUUUAUUCAUUUUAUGAGUAAUCUUUAUUUUGAUAAAAUAGUUUAAAUUAGUUGUUAGUUUCUUCUACGCUAGAAAUUAUUGCUAAAAAAUUCAUAAUUAAUAUGGAAGACGAUUAAUUCCUUAAAACAAUAAAAACUAGGUCCUAAUAGGAAAAAAAUCAUAUGUAAAGAUUUCAAGGGGUUUCGUAAAGAGAAAAACAUAGAUGCAUAUUGAAGGACAUCAUGAUAAUAAUAUAAAUCAUUCGACAUCGCAUAAAAUGAGGAGAUUCUAUAUCAUCAUUGUGUACUAAAUUUUUUAAAGUUUUUAAAUAUUAUUUUUGUCAGUCUUGUAAUAUAAUUUGGGUGAAAAUUAUUUUUCCCUUGAACCCUGCUUAAAAAAUUAAAUCUCUCUCCCAAUUGCGAACAAUAGUUGUUCCUCCCCUUGGUAAGGUCUGAUUGUUAUCCGCCUAGAACAGACUUAACGAGACAAGAGCCUUCUUCAGUAAUCAACCGAGCGAAAAGCCAGCCCCUUUAAGCGAUUAGCGAUAAGCUUUAGUUUUUCAAAAAACAAGUACCAUACUGCUUUGAUCUCAGUCUCCCUCUUUGACUAGUGCUGCCUCCGGUGAAAGGAAUGAAGAUCUUGCAUAUGUUGACAUAGCUCCAUGUAUAUGUUCUUUGGAGCUAGAACCAAUCAAUAGAAUGAAAUGAAUAAUGGUAAGCCUAGGGCGACGAACAUGGCUCAAGAGUGUCCAUACAAAGCCCCUCUCUUCUUCACUCAAAGAAGCAAUGCACCCGUUAUCUCAUUUAAAAAUUUUAGUACCUAUUUUACCCUCUAUGUUAACACUCUUCAUUUCUUAUUAUUACUAAAUAUUAUGGUUUGUUUCCUUUUUUU